GCAGCGGCCGCGGCGCAGCGCCGGACCCGCCGGCAGCGGGAGGGCCAAGCCCCCGGGAGCCGGGCUCGCUCGGGCUCGGCGUUUUUUCGGCUCUGAGGAGGUCCCCGCACAGCCAUCAAGAUUCUGUCCAAAAGCAGGCAGGAGGAUCGCCCUGCGCUGAGCCGGCUGGUGGGCAGCAGGCGGCGGCUGAUCGCGGCCGGAGCGCUGGGAGUGGUGAUGGUGCUGCUGCUCGUCGUCCUCAUCCCGGUGCUGGUGAGCUCGGCCGGCACCUCGGCGCACUACGAGAUGCUGGGCACCUGCCGCAUGGUCUGCGACCCCUACGGCGGCACCAAGGCGCCCAGCACGGCGGCCACGCCCGACCGCGGCCUCAUGCAGUCCCUGCCCACCUUCAUCCAGGGGCCCAAGGGGGACGCCGGCCGGCCGGGCAAAGCGGGGCCCCGCGGGCCGCCGGGGGAGCCGGGGCCGCCCGGGCCGGUGGGGCCGCCGGGCGAGAAGGGCGAGCCGGGGCGGCAGGGGCUGCCCGGGCCGCCCGGGGCGCCGGGGCUGAACGCGGCGGGGGCCAUCAGCGCCGCCACCUACAGCACCGUGCCCAAGAUCGCCUUCUACGCCGGCCUGAAGCGGCAGCACGAGGGCUACGAGGUGCUCAAGUUCGACGACGUGGUCACCAACCUGGGCAACCACUACGACCCCACCACCGGCAAGUUCACCUGCUCCAUCCCCGGCAUCUACUUCUUCACCUACCAUGUGCUCAUGCGGGGCGGCGACGGCACCAGCAUGUGGGCCGACCUCUGCAAGAACAACCAGGUUCGAGCUAGCGCCAUUGCUCAGGAUGCCGACCAGAAUUACGACUACGCCAGUAACAGCGUGGUUCUUCACUUGGAGCCGGGAGAUGAAGUUUACAUUAAAUUAGAUGGAGGAAAAGCACAUGGAGGAAACAACAACAAAUACAGCACAUUUUCUGGAUUUAUUAUUUAUGCCGACUGAUAGCGAGUCAAAAGACCCACCCAAGCACUCUGAAAAUGAAGCUCGCUCUCCUAAGCAAUGGAUUUGCGUGGCAAAAGUCAAUGAAACAAGCACCCCAGCAGAGAUCGGCCGCUACACCUCACCAGUGGGGGAACGUCGAAUGCUACCUGAUUCACAUCUGUACGACACAGAGAAACUUUAUGUUAAAAUGAUUACAAAACAAGCUAGACAGAUGUGCGAUCCACUACCGCCAAAGCAAAUACUUCCUCAUUGUUAGUGUCCGUGUGAAUGAAGUCUUACAUAGAUCGAAUUUUUAUAGGAAACAAAGAAACAAACACAAAAAGACGCUGAGUUAUUUCUUCAGUGUAUAUGAUACUUUGAUGUGUUAUGAUCUUGCUGCUUUAUCCAUACUUCAGCUUUGGUUCUUGUGACUUACCUGCUAACAAUGAUGCUUGGAGUCCACUCGUAGUGUGGUGAGGAAUGAUUUUACAAUAAAAGGAAGAGGUAAUCCAAAUACACUUUCUCUCUCCAAAGGAAUUGUUUGCCUUGUACUUUUCUUCUCCUUCCACUUAAAACUAGAAACUAAUCAGCUUCGAGCCUUAACUCAGUGUUCCUGCUUUGUAGGUUUACAUUAGACUUUUAACAUAAUAUCCAACCACCGAAGCUGUUAAAUUUUGUCUUCCCCUUAGCUGUGUUCUAAAAGAAAAAGAGAGAUAGAAGAAACACUUCAUUUUUUUCCUGAAAAAUUUAACAGCUGACAAACUAUUAUAUUGGACCAAAUCCCCGAUUACUCUGAAGCCAAUGGCAAAACUCCCAUUGAUGUCAGUGGAAAGAGGAUUUGGCUGUUAAUUUGUAAACAUGUGUAAAUAUAUAUUUAGCCAAUGUUACGGGCCCGUUCCUGAUCGUUAGCUGUGUAAAUAUUUAGGCCUAGAAUCCACAUCCUCAGACCCAGGUCAGAUGUUUUCUUUGCAGCAACUAGUCUUCAUUAGUCCUUGAGCACUUAGUCUGUACUCGGCUGCUAUUUUUAAUAAAACAGUAAGGACUUAACAUACUGCAGGUGUUCAACUAGAAUUCUGUAGGAAUGGGUCAACACUUAAUUGUCUUCAGUGUCUUGUCUCACUGAAGUUGGUGGGAUCAUUCCCACAAAGGAAGAGUGGGAGGUGUGAUGUAAGAGAAAAUGUUGGGACACAGGCCUUCUCCGUGGUAGCGCGCUAUCAGUUUGUAGUAAGGUGUGCCUAUGAAAUGGACACAGAGAAGCAUAUUACCAAAAAAUGAAAACACAUAUGCAAAGAAAGAAGCAGAUAUUUACAUGCAAGAGAGUGUGUAUUAAAACCUAUUUUUCUCAUUCAUAUAUAUAUAUAGAUAUAUAUAUCUAAAGUCUCAAAGAAAGACAUUUAAUACAUAUAAAGGAUUAAUAGCUUGGAGAAUUAAACUAAGCACAGGUACUAUGAGUUACAUAGUUAUAAAAAUGCUUUAAAAUCAGUCAUACCAGGAAUAGCCACAGAAUACUUUUAUUCCAAAAACAGAUUUAUUAUUUGCUUUGUUUGGGAGAGGGGAGGCUGUCUAUUUCUCUCAGGUUAAAACUUGCAAAUUUCCAUCUAAAAAUGUUAUCAAGACAAUUAACUAGCUCCUCAGCACAGCUGGUUAUGUUAUUUUUAACAUUUUGGCAAAUUCAAGGUAAAAUUGGUGUAAAUCACUGAAGAGUAAUAGAGGCAAUCCCUAGCAUUUCAAUUUCAUGCCAUUUGCCACAAGCAACCUUGUCUAAUCUACCAAGGGUAUGAUUUCUCUGCACUAAGUUGCCAGCAGAGUCUGCCACUGGGACAAAGAGCUCUCCAGUGCUGAUUCCUCAGUAAAAGUCUGAUGAAGAUUUUAAGAACAUCUCUAAAAAUCUCGUUCGAAUGACUAAAGCUUUUAAGCAGAGCACAGUACUCAUUCUGUUUCUGGUUUGAGUUGUCCAGUUCAAACAAUACGCUGAGACCGUCCAGGCUAAGGGGAUUGCCGGCCUAAUUCAUCUUUUUACAGAGGUACAGUGAGUUGCAGAUUGCUUGUGUAUCAUCUCAUCAGAGCAGUUACGCUUUUAGUCUGCGACAAAGCGCUGAACUGUAUCUGUACAUCGCAGUGAUCACUCCUGGCUUUUCACUACUACGUGACGCAUUUCAAUAGCAGAUGUGGAGCUGACUUCUUGUCUGUUCAUUCCAGGAUUGCUUUGAUCACUUAGCGCACUGCCAGCAGUGUAGCUAGAGAUUGUCUGCGUAGUAUCAAGCAGUAAUGUAACAAGCUAGAGAUCAUUUGCAACUAGCAAUGCGUAUUUACUGAGGUAUUUAGUGGAAAAACUUCAGCACGACAAGACAUAUGAGGUCAAAUCUGAAGAAGCUUUUGAAAUCAGGCUACCAUUGCUACUGGGAAAGACCUUUUUUUUUUUUUUUUUUUUUUGAUAAAUCGCUUGCCCUGGUUAAAGAUAGACAAGAGGAAAGAACACACUUUAUGUGAAAAACACAUAUAAGGCAAACAUUUCUUCCUUUUUCAUCAUAUCUUGAUAUACUGAUUUGUAAAGACUUCUACCACAACCUUUGUUAUAACUAUUGCAACUCAUUAAAACCAUAUUAUGUAAUAUA